UAUUUUAAAAGUAACGUAUUAAUUUUUUUUCUAUCUUCGUCUCUCUCUGUUCCUUAAUUCGUAACUGUCUGUGCAGUGAACACUGCCAAGUGGUUAACGACCAGCUAAGGGAACACGCUCAACAUGGAAUUCAGCUGUCAAAGAGAAAUGAUAGAAUAACCGCAGCCAAGCUCACAUUUUGCAUUCUUCCAAUUCGCUUUUCCCUUAAAUGUAAUGUCGUUUUGUGAGUGAAAUAAAAUUCGCAAAUUAAUGUGGAAAUUGUCAUAAUUAAUUAUUAAACUUUGGAAAAAAGUGAAAAACAAUCCCAAAUACACAUAAGUGAAGUGAAAACGGCAUGAAUAUCAUGUUGAAGGUGUGUGAAAAUACCUAAUGAAAAUCAGAAAACCUGCUUGUGAAGUGAAGGUAGUGAGAAAAAUUUUUCAUCUUUCGUAUACACGAGUAUUACAGUGUAUUCGUACGUAGCGAGAGUGUAUAUGUGUAUCUGUGUGGUUGUGUAUCUUUUUGCGGUAGUGAGAUUGCUCUGCGCGAAUAGUAACAGCGGGAGCGUAAAACCAACAAGAAAAACGAAAACAAUCUGAAGCAAACCGCAAAAGAUGAGGUGAAUGCGAAACGACAAAGUGCAAAAUGUACGAAAUACAAUGUAAAAAUAAAAUAAAUUUCAGUGAAAAGUUAUAUGGAAAAUAAAAAAGAAAUAUUAAUCAAAGGUGUGAGGAGGUUAUACAAAAAAACACAUAACAAAAAGGAGUUUAUUAAUUCAAAAUAAGAUAAACGAUAUGACAACGUCCAAAUAAAUCGCAUUAAAAAGUUGCCGCAAUCAACAACUCGAAUUAAAUUAAAUCCGCUCAAAAAGCCAAAAACACUGAAACGAAAUACACUAGAAAAGGGAGGAAGAAAAAAGUGUCGGUGUGCAAAAUGUGAUACGAAGACGAAAAUCUGUGAAAAAAAUACAAGUAAAGAAAAAUCUCGCUAAAAAAUGCAUAAACGCAAGAGAAUAAAGUGAAAAUUUUAGAGUAAGAAAGAAAAUUAAAAGCAAGAAAUUAACGACGUGAGCGAUAAGCGAGCGAGCGAGAGAGAGAGAGAGAGAGAGACAGAAGAGAGAGAGAGCGAAAAAAGGCAAAUAUAACCGGUGGUUAGCAGCGAAAUUCGCUAAGAAUUUGGCUAAGCGGAAUAACAAUACUUACAAACUACGCAGUCCUUGUUCACGCCAUCGCUUAGGGACACAGUCGUUGUGUGUCCAUUUGUGUAGUUUCCCUUGAGUUGCUGCAUGCAACACAACAACGAAGAGAGAGAGACCACAGCGCAUACACAGAAGGUGAACCAUUUACGUUGUUUUGUAAUAAAAAAAAAAGCUACAUAAAAGACUCCACACUGAAGCAGCCAACCUCCGAUUUAGUUAUCACAGCAAGCCAAGACAGCGAAUUAGUUUAUGAGAUGGUGAUGCAAGGAGCAUAAAAAGCGCUUGGGUUGUAGCUAUUUUUAAGCAAAACGAAUGCAAACUCAAUUUAACGACAAACAAAACACGUCUGGAAUAAAAGUAAAAAGUGAAGAAAGAAAGGAAUACCAUAUAAUCUGGUCUACCCCACCACAGAGCUGAGCAGGGUUAAGAAACCAACAACACACAGCUGUAAGACUCACUGCAACGGCUGUCAGCUAAAUUGAAAAUUUUCAUAAAAACUGGUCUUAUUUGCUGCACAUUUGGGGUGGAGAGAGUGGUAGCGACAGAGAGAGAGAGAGAGGAAAGACCGACCACCUGAAGUUGGAACGUGUCAUAGCGGAAAGACCGCAGUCGUGAGCGGAUUAAACGAGUGCGUUCGCGGUGUGAGAGCGUUAAGAAACAAAAGAAAAAAAAACUUACACGAAGAGUUGCAACGGGAGAUAAGUAGGGAGAGUUGUUGUGAUACUGAAAGUUUUUGUUUUUAGUAUAUUCAGUAGCACUGCAUUCGUAUCAGCAACGACGGACGGGUGGUGUGGGUACUGCUGCUCGAAAAUAACCGCUGCUGAAUUUGAACAACUACUUGUUUGGCCGGUUGCUUGCUGCAAGCAAUAGGUAGUCACGCAACCACAACAACUAGUAAACUCUAGCGAAGGUAAAAAGUAGCAAACAACAACGACUCAUACACACAAAACGCCAGUGAACAAGGAAGCAGUGCCAGCAAACCCUCUACAUUCAAUUAAAAAUAAGGUGAAAAGGAAAACAAUAGAGCCAGCUGCUGUCGGCUAAUACCCUAUAUGUGUAGGCACAACAACAACAACAACAAUACAAGCAACACUUUACACCUUUUGUCCUCAACGAAGUGGAAAAUAGUCUGAUAUUAAGCAGGCUGUCUGGCUGACGGAUUGACCAAGCUGAGGAACACCAACAGGCAAGCUGACAAAAUUGAAAACCUACACGAAGAGAACAAUAGUUUUCGUUUGAAGCACACGCGCGCGCGUCGGUUUCGCAACGAAAGAAUUUGGUGCACCCAAGUGGGGUGGAUGCGAGACAAACAGCACACAGGAGAGUAUUAGUGUCGCUUACGAAAACGAUACGUCACGUCACGUCACGUUCGAAAGCGAACCAAAGCAAACAACAUCCGGUCGGCUUCUGGCUAGCUUUCAUUCAGUUAUUACUGACGCAUUCGCAAAUGCAAAUUUCAUACGAGUAUUACUAUUAUGGGUCGCUCCAAGUUUCCGGGGAAACCGUCCAAGUCGAUUAAUCGUAAGCGUAUAAGUGUAUUACAAUUGGAGGAGGAUGCGUCAACGGCGGCGACGACGACGACGGGCACAGAGCCAGAGGAUGGCUUAACAAGCGCAACAACGACACGCGUUGGUAGCGAUAAACGCGGUGGCGGUGGCAACUGUGAUGAUGAUGAGAAUGGGCACAAUAAGAAAGGUGGUGGUCCCGGCGGAGGCAGUGGCGGUGUGGGUGGCAGCGGCGGUGGUGAAGCCGGCUCGAGUAGCACAGGCUCGGGCUCCAGUGGCGGUGGCGCACGUAAUGGCCGAAAUGUGAAUGGCAGCAGUAGUAGCGGAAAUAGCGCCAACAACGGUGGUGGCAGCAAUGGAGCAACCGGUGGAGGAGGUGCAAGUGCAAGCACCGGUGAUGGUCUUGCCGCUAACAAACAAUGUACUGGCGCAAAAACUGCUGAAAGUGCACAAGGCGCUGUUAGCGGUGUCAGCAGCAGCAGCAGUAGCUCCAACAAAGCAAAAAGUAGGCACAGCAAUCGUGGCAAAAGCAGGAACAAGGAUGCCAACGCCGAGCAGCAGCAGUCUGAUAAAGAUAAAAGAGUUGUCACCACACUUGUCAGCAGCAGCAGUAGUAGCAACAACAACAAGAAUGACAGUGUAGAUAAACUAGACGAUGAAAUGCGCGCAACGAGGCAUACCACAGCGACUGCAACGGAUGCUCUCGAGGGGGACGAUAUAGCUGACGAUUGUUCUGCCACGGCAGCGCCUAAUGUUAAGAAGCAACCACAAAAGCAAGACGAAGUAGACGGUGAUACGUUGACAAUGGAAGCCGAAGAUGCCACUGUAAGUGAGCAGGCGAAUGAGCAUAUGCAAGAGCCGGAUGAAUAUGAUGUUGAAGAUGGCGACUGUGAUGCCAAUAUGAAAGCUUAUAGUGGUACAGAUGAGGAAGAAGAAGAAGAUGAUGAUGAGGAUGAGUAUGAUAAUGAUAAUGCAUCCACCACUAGUCGCAAAUCGCUACAAUCUGUCUGCUCCACUGGCUCCUCAACCGUUUCAUCUACACAUACGGCAGCAACAACAACGACAACAAAGUCGUCGAUAGUGACGGCAUUGGCUUUCAGCCGCAGUAAGCGAGAUGGUAAAUUUAAAAACUUGAAUCUUGCCAAGCCCGAAGUGAUGUUGCCAUCAUCGGCGAAAUUAAGGCAACUACAACAACAACAAAAGCAAAAUCAGCUUAAUUGCCCAUCACCAACGCCACCGACAACAGCAAUGGCAACAACGAGUGGUAGCAACAACAGCAAUAAAACGCUAGCAACGACAUCUUCGCCAUCCGCCACUACAGCAGCAGCAGCUGCAGCAGCAACAACAACAACGCCGACAACAAUGUUUUCGCGUAUCUCGAAUCCCUUUGCUGCUGUCGAUGGCAAGCUAUGUGCUGUGGCUGACACUGACGACGAGGAGCAAGAGGCAACACGCAUCACUGCUGUUGAUGAGACAAAAAAUGGCAGUGUGUGCUCCAGUGCAGCUGCAGUGGAGGGUGAUUGUAGUAAUGGUGGUGCUGGUGGCGGAGGCGGAGGCGGAGGCGGUUGUGCUGACAACGAUGGCGUUGCAGUGAGGCCCACCAUGAAAACGACGAAUGAAAUGAUGCCUUCAACCAACAGCAACCACAAACAGCAGUCCAGUGAUAGUACGGCAGCGGCCGGUAACAGUAUUGGCGAUUCAACCACUUCAACUUUGGCAGCAACAGCAAUAAGCGGUAGGGAAAGCAAAAUAUCCACAGUUACAGCGGCUACGACGACGGCGGGGUCCGCAAUUAAUAGCACAUCGUCCGCAUCCUCGUCAUCAUCAUCAUCGUCGACAUCGUCUAAUUCAUCGUCGACGGGUAGUGGUGGCAAGCAGAAAAAGACCGUCACUUUCAAGAAUAUACUCGAGACGAGCGAUGAUAAGAGCGCUGUGAAGAAGUUCUACAAUCCCGACAAUCGGGCACCACUCAUUUCUAUUAUGAAAAAGGAAUGCCUGAAUCGACAGCAUUUAUAUUCGCGUAGUAGUGAGUGCAUUGUGCGACCGUCAAGAUUAACUGAGAUACUCAAGAAUAAUUCAAAUAUCGACAAACUGAAUUCCUUAAAAUUUCGCACCAAUCAUACAACUUCAACAAUGGCCACAAAUGGUGAUGGCAUAUCUGUUGGUGGCACCGGUGGCGGUGGCUUAGCAUCCGCCGUGUUCGGUGGUACAGGACUCGCUUGUGCUUUUGGCGGACCAGCGGUCUAUGCUAACGAUCACAAGCAUGACACAGUCGCCUUUAGAUUAAGUGAAGCACACAAACCAAUCGCCAAUGGCUAUACAAACGACAUCAAUCCCAAACGUGAGGAAAACAGUGAUAGUAGCGAGUUUGGUGGCUCGACUGCAGCAACCAAAACAGUUGCACACGCGUUGGAGGAGGAGCAAACCGAGGCUGAGGUUGAUGAUGCAGAAAACGGCAAAUCGCGCAUUGAGGACGUGGCCGAGGAUGACGAGGAGGAGCAACAGAUAGUGGUUGACAAGCAUUUUGUGUUACCGAAGCGUAGUACACGUUCUUCACGUGUCAUCAAACCCAAUAAAUGGUUGCUAGAGGAUGGCUUCAUAUGCCGAAGAGUGUCUCACCCCAAGCCGAAACAAACACAUACAACUGCAACAACAGCUGCUACGUCAGUGUCAACGGUAACAUCGACAACUGGCCCGGGUGUUGGCGCAACAAAGAAAGAGCAACCGAACUAUUUCAGCAUUGGUGAUUAUGCGGAAGCAGGCAAGGCGUCGAGCGAUUCUUUAGUUAUAAAAAGUGCAAAGGAAAGCAAUAAAGUCGCCUUUGGCACAUCCACAUUCGGUACGAAUUUCGGCACCUUAAAGGCGAAUAAUUUUGUACUACGUCAACCGCGUUUGCAAUUUGAUUCGCUUGCAGAACGUACUGCAACAUCGACAACAUGCUUAGGCAGCUCAGCCACGUUGCCGCUAUCCAUAACGGUGCCCAAGACGCAGACACCAACGUUGAAUCUGAUGUCUUCGCUGUCUAAUAGCACUACAAGCACGUUCGGCAUGAACGGUAGUGCUAAUAAUUUGCUCAGCAAAAGCUCUCCAGGCACAUCAUCCAUCACUUGUAGUGUUUGUAGUACACCUAUCCACGGUAGUAAUUCACAACAGCCACGUAAAUAUGGUGUACCAGCGUGUGCGGCUUGCCGCAAAUUCAUCUCCAAAAUCUCAAAAAACAGUUCGAAUGCAACACUGAAAAACUCACAACUACACUGUAGACGAGAUGGUAACUGUAUGGUUCAACCGCAUUCAAAAGUCCAUAUCAAGAAUUUCAAAAAAAUCUACAAAGAACGUUGUACAUCCUGCUGGUUGAAGAAAUGUUUGCAGACGUUGCAGUUAUCACCUGAUGACAAGCUCAGUUUAAGUGCCGCUCUGCCACAUUCUAUACUCAAACAAGUUGAGGCAAAACGUGAACGGGAUGCUGAAGAAGACAGCGAGCCUUUGGCACGUACUACAGAAGUUGAUAAGCCUGAACUGUCCUCACCCAGUGGUAUCUUUGGAACAGCACGUUUCAAGUGGAAGUCUUCUUUGGAUACUUCAGCAAAUGAGGGUUUGAAAUUAAAUUUGAAGAGCAAUCCAUUGGCGGAGAAUAAUGCUACAUUUGGUAGUUCGGCUAUUCUGCGACCGCCAAUAUUAGAGAAACCGUUGUUUCUUAAAAGUCCUAUUGAGGCACCUAUAACGUUGCUGCAACAAGAAAAGGAAGAGAAAUCCCACAACACAAAUACUAAAAUCGAUAACAAGAAGCAAGAACAGCCGUCACCAGAGAGUACACAGCGGGCGACAAAGAGCAAACGCAAGGAAAAGCAAGAAAAGGAGAAAGAAUAUGAUAAAGAUAAGGACCGCUCCAGUAGAGAGCGUGAAAAGGAACGUGAUGCGGCUGCUCAAAAGUCGUCAACGACUAGCAAAAGCCAAGCCGCAACGCAAGCAGAGGUCGUCGGCAAUGCGUUAGCGGUCAACACGAAGCUUGAAACUAAUGAAAUACACACAAGAUCAGCUAAAGCGGCGUCUUUAUCGCCAGCAGCAGUAACAGCUUCUUCGACCAACGCAGAUGCAAGCAAAAAUCAGGUUGCUACAACCUCAGCCGAUCACGCUGUCAGUCAACCAGCAGUCGGUACUAAUAAUGCCUCUGUAGCGAUCGCAAAUAAUUCAACGCCCCCUUCGAGCGAUGGCUUGAAACGCCAACGUAUCGACCUAAAGGGUCCACGCGUAAAGCAUGUCUGUCGUAGUGCGUCAAUAGUGCUCGGUCAACCGUUAGCCACAUUCGGUGAAGAGGCAGACGAAGAUGAGCAGGCACUUGCCUUAGCCGAGAGCAGCCAAUUGACGGCGACGGCGGCAGCAAAGUGCGAAGAAAUUGUGAUUGAAAGUAGUAAUGAGGCUACAACAACGACUGAAAACGCAAAGUCUCGUGAUAUGAAUGCGUCAAACUCAUCGCUAGAUAAACAAGUGGAGCACAAUGAUAAGGUCAUGCCGGGACGCAAAGGUGGCCAAUCUGCAAAUGUUACUUAUACCAAACCAACAUUAAGUGCUAAAGCCGUCAUACCUGAUAGUGGCGUGCCAAAAGUUGGUGAUUAUGUUGAGCAACCUGCUGCGAAGACAGCUAAAAUCGAGAGCGAUAAGGCCGUUGAGAAGAAAGAGGAGAACGUUGUGGUUGGAGCAGCCUCAGAACCUGCUGAGAAGGCUUUGUUACCUUUGCAGCCCGCUAAAGCAGUCACACGAAAUUCAAACAACACCAACAUUAAUUUGCAGAUCCAACGCUCCGCCUCAACGUCCUCCUAUGCCACAACUUUCGGUAAGAAACCUAUACGUCAAAUCAGCAGCGAUGCCAAUUUAGCAUAUCAACAACAACAACAGCAACUGCUGCGACGCAAGGAGCCACAGAAGGCAAAAACAUUGAUCUCAAUUGACUUCUGGGAGAACUACGAUCCGGCUGAGGUGUGUCAAAGUGGCUUUGGCCUUAUCGUCACAGAGACGGUGGCACAACGAGCACUUUGCUUCCUCUGCGGCUCGGCAGGCUUGGAACCUUUGAUAUUCUGUGCCUGUUGCUGCGAGCCAUAUCAUCAGUAUUGCGUCAUGGAUGAGUACAAUUUGAAGCAUUCCUCACUAGAUGACACCAUGCUCAGCUUCAUGGAUAUAUCCACAAUGGGCCAUAGUACCACGGCGCCCACACCUGAGCAACUCAAUCAAAUAACAAAUCGUCUGAAUUGGCUGUGUCCCCGCUGUACCGUAUGCUACACAUGCAAUAUGUCUUCAGGAUCGAAGGUGAAAUGCCAGAAAUGUCAGAAGAAUUAUCAUUCGACAUGUCUGGGCACAAGCAAACGGCUACUGGGCGCCGAUCGCCCACUUAUCUGUGUAAAUUGUCUCAAAUGCAAGUCUUGCUCUACAACGAAAGUCUCGAAAUUCGUCGGCAAUCUGCCCAUGUGCACACCUUGCUUCAAGCUGCGCAAGCGUGGUAAUUACUGUCCAAUUUGUCAGAAAUGCUACGACGACAACGAUUUCGAUCUGAAGAUGAUGGAGUGUGGCAACUGUAACCACUGGGUGCAUUCAAAAUGUGAAGGUCUAUCGGACGAGCAAUACAAUUUAUUGAGUACAUUGCCAGAGGCCAUCGAAUUCAUAUGCAAGAAGUGUGCACGUCGCAAUGAAGACUGUAAAAUGAAGGCAGCAGAAUGGCGUCUCGCUGUCGCGGAGGAGUUCAAGAGUAGCUUAAUGAGCGUGCUAAAAAUGCUAAGCAAAUCGCGACAAGCGUGUGCGCUACUCAAGCUUAGUCCACGAAAGAAAGUACGCUGCAUUUGUGGUAAUAGCACUGCAGCACAGUCAAACUGUCGUAUGCAGCCGAAGAGUCUACAGUUCAAUGGCGAAGCUGAGCGAUUGCAAUUCGCCUUGGGCAAUAGCGAUGGUGAAUCUCAAUGUAGUGAUGUAUAUGAGUUCAAAGAUAAGCCCUACGAGGAUAAGUUUCCCGAGAAAUGCACGUGUAUGCUUAAGACGAUCAGCUACAAUGUAUAUGGCAAUGGCAGCAGUCAAGCUAGCAAUCUCAGUUUAAUGGAUAUUAAGAAGAAAAUCAACAAUAACGACUAUGUUUCGCUGGCGGAAUUCAACUAUGACAUGAUUAAUGUCAUACAGAGCGUGAACUGUGAUGAAUUGGUAAUUGCAUACAAUGAAAUUCUAAGUGAGCAAUUUCCUUGGUUUCAAAAUGAAACCAAAGCCUGCACCGACGCCCUCGAAGAGGACAUGUACGAGUCGUGCUCUUAUUCCAUGGGUAAUUCAAUGGACGCACAAGAUGAUUUCGUCGAGGAGGAGCAUAGUCGUUCGGUCAUAGACCUGCCCGAAGACAUUGAGGAAGUGCUGUACUCAUUGAAGCCACGAGACGAUUUACGCACCUGCCUUUUCUGUCGCAAAUCUGGCGAAGGGCUGUACAAUGAAGAAUCUCGACUAUUAUAUUGCGGUCAUGACUGCUGGGUGCACACGAAUUGCGCUAUGUGGUCGGCUGAGGUGUUCGAGGAAAUAGACGGUUCUUUGCAGAAUGUACACAGCGCCAUUGCGCGUGGUCGUAUGAUUAAGUGCACCGUUUGUGGGGGUCGAGGCGCUACUGUGGGCUGCAAUGUAAAAUCUUGUGGCGAACACUAUCACUAUUCAUGCGCACGAACUAUUGCUUGCGCGUUUCUCACCGACAAAUCGGUUUACUGUCCGGAGCAUGCGCGCAAUGCGUUAAGAACUAAUUCGGCGCUAACGAUUGAGACGAACUUCGAAGUAGCGCGACCCGUAUACGUUGAAUUGGAUCGCAAGCGGAAAAAGCUAUUGGAACCAAGCAAAGUACAGUUCCAUAUUGGCUCGCUUGAGGUGAAACAACUUGGCACUGUCUUUCCGCGUUUCUCUGAUACCUAUGAGGCUAUUAUUCCGAUCAACUUUCUUUGCUCACGGUUGUACUGGUCAUUCAAGGAGCCAUGGAAGGUCGUUGAGUAUACAGUACGCACCAUUGUACAGAACAACAACUCUACAUUGACAGCACUCGAUGCCGGACGCAAUUUCACUGUGGACCAUAGCAAUGCAAAUGUUUCCCUAGUGCAGCUGGGUCUCGCACAAAUCGCAUGUUGGCAUAGUAGCCUGGCACGCGGUGAUAUGAUGGACUACGAGGCGGUUGAGCUGCGCAAUUCUACGUUGACUAAAUUGUUGCCCGAGUACUUAAUGCAGAGCCAGAAUUCGUGUUCUGCGCCAGAUGAAAAUACCGAAGAGGAACCCCAAACAAACGCUGACUUACUACCGCCCGAAAUAAAAGAUGCCAUAUUUGAGGACUUGCCACACGAUCUGCUCGACGGCAUCUCAAUGUUGGAUAUAUUUCCGAAAUUCAUGAUCUACGAAGAAAUGGGGGCUACGAGUGAAGGCAAAACGGCUGAAAUGUUCAUGAAUGAACAGUCGAAAGAUGACGCUGCUAACUCGUCCGUCUCCACAGCAAUACUGGCCGCAUCGAAUGCUGCCAGCAGCGGCAAUUGCAGUGCUUCCAGUGCACAGGUAUCCGAUGAAGACACGGCGAAUUCGUCGCUUAGCAAACAACUCGAGCUUAGUAAUUCCUGCUCUUCAACUAAUACUAAUUUGGCAAUCGGCCAUGUUGAGGACGCAUUGUUGUCCUGUGCACGCGCUGGCACAAAUUCACAAUUAAAGCGGACUAUGAGUGCGACGGAACUGCAGCGUAGUAAAGCGGAAAUGCUAAAGAAAACCUGGACAAAGUUUGAGAACGCUAGCUCUGCUGUGGCAGCGGCAGCGAUGAAAAAACGCAAAUUGUCCAAGGGUCUGCCAGAGCUACGCAUGACGGAGAGUAUUUUACAAAGUUUGAGUCAACAUCGUACAAAAAAGGACAGCAUUAGCACCUCCAUUGCCGUGAGUGCUUCUCGUCGUCAAUCCAUUUCCAGCGAAUCGGAAAGUGCCACAACACUGCGCACAAAACAAUUCACUUGGAGUGCAGCAAAACGGUACAUUGAACCGCAUUUAGCCGAUGAAAAGGAUGAUGGGAAAGUGAGGCUGAUGCAAGUGGACGGCGUAGAUGACUCGAUUACUGAGUACCGUAUUAUCACCAGCGAAACACAAUUCACCGGCACCGUCAAAUGCGAGCGUUGUCAUUGUACGUAUCGAAAUUACGACUCCUUUCAACGCCAUCUGCCGACCUGCGAACCGCUCUCAACCAGCGAAUCAGAGUCCGAGGCAACAUCACGCUCACCAGCUUCAGCGACAAAUGGCAGUCCGCCACUGGCUGGUAUAGAUGCUACCAACAUCGAUUUGAGCAAGUUGGGUCAGGCUCAACGCACGGCCACCCUGACGAGCACCGCCAACGGUUUGCCCUUUCUGCAAGCAUUUUCCCAAGCUAUACCGCUUGGUAGCAUACAAGCGAAUAUCAAUGGCAUACCCAUUGCGAAUAUGUCCAACGGCUUCCAAAGUGUGCAGGGACUACAGAACAUACAGGGAUUGCAAAACAUACCCGGCUUGCAGAAUAUACAACUACAAGGCCUACAGACGCCACAACCACUCGGUGGUGGUUUCUUUAUUUCGCAAGCAAAUCCCGCAACGUCAACCACCGAUGAAGUGCAGUUAUUGAAUUCAUUGCAAGGCUUGACGGCCAACUUGAACGGCACGUAUACAUUAGCGCCUACCGCCGGCUUUGGUACUACAACAGUGCAAGCCGCGCAGCAACAGCCACAACUAAUUGCCGUGUCCUCGUCACCCGAUGGAACGCAGCAGAUCAUACAACUUCCAUCAGGCGUUACAACACAUGCGGUGAACAACCAGUCUCUCCUACAGGGCUUAAACACUUUCCAGGCGCUUCAAACGACCAAUGGAGAAAAGAAAAUUGUGCUGCCGUUGGCCACAAGCAAUACCGGCAAACCAUUGAAAACGGUUUCCACCAAGGCUGCGCAGCAAGCGACUGCGGCAGCUAAAAGUAAGAUGAAAAUAAACAGCAAUACCGUCAAACCCAUACAAUCAAAAGUAAAUACCGCCACCGUAACGGUAUCGCAACCCUCUUUACAAGCCAUGCCCACAUCCACGCCGAUAACGGUACUCAAUACCGGCACUAAUGCCACACAAUUGCUCAAUCAGAAUUUGUUGCAACAAAUGCAGGCUGCCGGCUUGACUGCCGCCACCACACAACAGCCGCAGUUGCUCUUCCAAACCGGCAACAAUCAACAGCAGCCGCUCGUUAUGCAACAGUUGAAUGCGCCCAAUGCUUCAAUGCCACAGAAUAUUAUCUCAUUUGUGACCACUGAUGGCACGCAAACGCCACAGGUGCAAUACAUGACCAUACCCUCAACGAAUGACUUUAAGCCGCAAACACAAGCAACGCCUUUUAUCACUGCAACCGCAGCGCCGGCACCGGCAAAUCAGUUCUUACAGGGCGCCUUUUUACAAACCGACGCCAGCGGUAAUCUAAUGCUUACCACUACGCAAACGCCGACUGGUUUGCAAAUGCUCUCUGCGACACCAUUAAAUAUAGCAACUGCUGCGCCGGCACCGCCGCAACCGCAAGUGAUUGGUACGCUGAUUAAUCCGCAAACCCUACAGCUGGGCGGCAAUGUAAUUGCGACGACAGCGGAUCCGCAGCAACAGCAACAAGUGAUAAUUGGUGGUGGUACGACGGGCUUAGAGAUGAUAGCCGCAUCAAAUGCAGCAGCGCCCCAAGUUAUACUCUCAACUCAACCCAUGUACUAUGGGCUGGAGACAAUUGUGCAGAAUACCGUAAUGUCUUCGCAACAGUUUGUGUCCACAGCCAUGCCGGGUGUUCUUAGCCAAAAUGCUAGCUUCUCAGCGACGACCACGCAGGUUUUCCAGGCUAGCAAAAUCGAACCGAUUGUGGACAUGCCAACGGGAUAUGUGGUGCUCAACAACGGUGACGGAACAUCUUCAAUCGUGCAGGCACAGCAGCCGGCGACUUCACAGCAACCGAAUUUCCUUAAUGCAACAGUAUUACAACAAGCGCAACAACAACAACCUGCACAAACCAGUGAAUUGCAGAGCGGCGAGCAACCAUCAAUAUUCCGCCUGCAAACAACCGACAACAGCAUUUCAGCCUCUGUCACAGCAGCAACGGUUACACCAAGUGUUUCCACGUCAAGUUUCCAUUUCCAGCCACAAACACAGACGCAGACUUCGUCACAACAGCAACAUCCACAAUUAGUCGAUCAACAUCAGCCGCAACAACAGCAAUCUAGUAAUAAUGUCCACAUUGUAACGGCGAAAGUGCCGCCAGUCGCACAGGUGAAACGCAGCAACGCGGUUAAGGCAACACCGCUGGCGACCGUCACAAAGGUGCUGCCACAACAAGUGGUGAAUAAGGUGUUGCCCACCACAAUGAUGCAGUCGACACAGCAUUCGGCGAAAUUGAAUGCCAACAACAACAAAGCGCAACAGCAAACAUAUGCACGUAAUAACGCGACCACAACGACAACAGCCGCGAGUACAGCAGCUAACGCAUCAGCAAUUAUAGCAGCAGCAGCAGCAAUCGCCGAGCCGCAGAUUACAUUGACACCAGUGACCAAGGCCAUGACGAGCCAACAGUCCAAUAGUAUUGCGUACGCAAAGGUGUCCAGUACAGCGGCCAUGUCCAUAUUUGUGACCUCUGUUGCUACAACAACAACAACAUCCACAACACAAGCAGCGCCGGUGAAGACAUUGCCGAGUGCGGCGUCUACGACGACCACGCGCAAAACCAACCUUAUAAGACCGAUCCCGGCCAAUAAAGCCGAGGUGAAGCCGAAGGUGAUGAAGGCAAUAGCGACCACAACGUCGGCAGUGGCAGCGCUCACAGCUGCCAAAGGAGUGCAAUCAGCGCAGCGACAAUUGGCCCAACAGCAGCAGCAGCAGCAGCAGCAACAACAACAACCACCACCACCACAGCAGCAGCAGCCUCAGCAGCAACCAGUUCAGGUGUCGCAACAGCAGGUGGCAAAAAUGGCAAUGCUAAAACCGCAACCGCAACCACAACCACAGCCAGCUCAAGUGUGCAUGCCCCAUGUGCAACAACAGCAGCAGCAGCAGCAGCUCCACCACCAACAACCACAACAACAAUCACAGCAGCCACCAGUGGUGCAGGCGCAACAAUUUGUCGGCGAACAAGCGCACACUGUCGUGCCCACGUCGCAAGUACCCACGCAACCAAUGCAUGUGUCAUCCAACAACAACAGCAACAGCAAUGCGAAUAAUAAUAAAUUGUUGGAGCUGCAGCAACCAGUGGCCGCGGCGUUGCAACAACAGCAUUUCGCCGAAGUGCCAACAUUGCAACAGCAGCAGGCUUUCAACUCAACGGCGACCAAUGUUAUGUACAACAAUAGCGUUCCCACGGUACAAGAGGAGCAACAUCCACAAGCAGCGCAUUUGACCAACGGCAAUAUAACGCCACACAGCUAUGAUUGUAGUAAUCAACAACAGCAGCCGCAGUUGCCACACCCGCAACAAAUCGAAUUCAACAGUCUCAGCUUGGAGCAGGUGGAGAGCUUUCCACCGCCUACGCCACAAGCAUCUCACGAGCCGGAGAGCAGUAAUAUUUUAGCUAUAACACACAACUCUAAUAGCAAUGGACCACUUGGGGGGUUAGUCAACAAUAACAGCAACGGCAAUAAUCGCUGUUUACAAUACUCAAACUCGGCAUUCAGCAAUGUCAAUGUCCCUACGAAUAUUGUGAAUCCCUUGCAGCAAACACUACAGUACAGCAAUAACAAUGGCAACAAUGGCAAUGGUAACGCCACCACAACAACAACAAUGGGCUCCCGCCCCACUAAUCGCGUGUUGCCUAUGCAGCAGCGUCAAGAGCACAUAGCUGCCACAACGCCGCCAUUACAGGUGAAACCGCCCGCCGGUGUCAUGCCAAAAUUGGCGGUGCUGAAUUCAGUUGGCGCCAAAUGUUUUGACAACACCAAUGCGGUGAAUAGCGCCAAGAUUUACUAUGAGGCCGAGGUGAAGAAGGAUGAGCAAAUGAUGCAUAUACUACACUCACCACAGCAUCAGCAUCAGCAUCAGCACCAACAGCAACAACAAGUGAUGCAGAUGCAACUUCAUGAGACGCACCAGGAAACGGCAAGCAUAAUGAAAUCACUUUCGCCAGAGGCGCACUACGUAGAAGAUGCCCUCAAAUGCGACUUGGAUUUAAUUGAAACUGAGACCACGCUGUCGACGACAUGCCAACAGCUACAGGAGAUGGUGCACAACAAUUUGCCGCGCUACACCGGCACCUGCCUGGUGGCGAAUGAGAAGCCUAAAGAACUCACACCCACACCGGAAGAGGCGUAUUCGCUUAACGGCCACGUGGAUGCGUUGGGUGGUAGUGAUAUAUGUGAGCAUGAUGGUGAAUGCAUAGACGACAUGGAUGACGAUGAGGAUGAGGAGGAAGACGAAGACGACGAUGGUUUUAGUCUUAAAAUGCCGACAGAGGAUGAUGACCACGAUAUGUCCGACAGUGAUGAGCCUGCGGUGAAGGAGAAAAUCAGCAAAAUACUCGACAAUUUAACAAAUGAAGAUUGCGCCGACUCUCUGGCAACAGCCACUACAGCCGAGGCAGCCAAUAUUGAAUUGAACAAUGUAAGCUACCUAAACGGUAUGGCGAGCGCAAACACUAAAAUGACUUCAAACACAAUUAAAUAUCAAAAUAGCAUGAACAAUAACUAUGCCAAUGUAACGGCAGAAGAAAACGCUGCCGUUGCAGCAGUUGCCUCAGAGUACAUCUCCCAAAUGGCGGCCAAGAUGAGUGCGCAAAUGCCGAACGGCUCACUAGAAGUAAUUGGCACAAAUUUCGAAUUGCAGAAAAUUCCACCAAAACAUCUGCUACCACAAAUGCCACUCAAUACAGUGCCCUCCAAUUCAGCAUCGCAUCCAUGCGACGAAGAGGUAACCGGCGGGACAAACACCGCACGCAUACAAGAGCCUUUAUUGGCGACGCGGAAGCCAACGCCACCACCACCACCACCGCCGCAACGCGAUCCCAAGAAAAUCAGCGGCCCCCAUCUGCUCUAUGAAAUACAAAGCGAAGAUGGUUUCACCUACAAAUCCAGUUCGAUCGCUGAUAUUUGGGAGAAAGUUUUCGAGGCCGUUCAAGUGGCACGACGUGCACACGGUUUAUCGCCACUGCCCGAAGGACCGCUUGCAGAUAUGGCUGGCGUGCAAAUGAUGGGUUUGAAAACGAACGCGCUCAAGUAUUUGAUCGAGCAGUUGCCGGGUGUAGAGCGUUGCAACAAAUACACGCCCAAAUACCACAAGCGUACAAAUGUGGGUGCGCAUGCCGCGUCCACAAGUAGCACUUCAACAACGUCGAAUAAUUGCGCUGCAUUGCCUGGCACAACGCUUACCGGCAGUAGCAGCGAUCUGAAUGCAACACUCGAUUACGCAUCGGAUCCCGAUGAACUGCAAGAAAAUCCUUACGAAAGUGCGCGUUGCGAACCGUAUGCAACGCGCUCCGAAUACGAUAUGUUCAGCUGGUUGGCAUCUCGACAUCGCAAGCAACCCAUACAAGUGUUUGUGCAGCCAUCCGACAACGAGCUAAUACCAAGGCGCGGCACUGGCAGUAAUCUACCAAUGGCUAUGAAAUACCGUACGCUCAAGGAAACUUACAAAGAUUAUGUUGGCGUUUUCCGCUCGCACAUACAUGGACGUGGUCUCUACUGCACAAAGGACAUUGAAGCAGGCGAAAUGGUUAUUGAGUAUGCAGGUGAAUUGAUACGUUCCACUUUGACUGAUAAGCGUGAACGUAACUACAAUAGUCGUGGCAUUGGCUGUUAUAUGUUCAAGAUUGAUGACAAUUUAGUGGUGGAUGCGACUAUGCGCGGCAAUGCGGCACGCUUCAUAAAUCACUCGUGCGAGCCUAAUUGCUACUCCAAAGUGGUUGAUAUACUCGGACAUAAACAUAUAAUUAUAUUCGCUUUACGACGCAUCGUACAAGGCGAAGAGCUAACCUAUGAUUACAAAUUUCCAUUUGAGGAUGAGAAAAUACCCUGUUCCUGUGGCUCCAAACGUUGUCGAAAGUACUUAAACUAAAAAAAAUAGAAGAAAAAAAUCGAAAA